CAACACAUAACAUUUCCAUUUGCUCAAUUCUUCUACUUAUUUUUCUUAAGGAAAUGGCUAAAAUUUGUAUUUUAGCAUUGGGUUUUAUAUUUGGUUUAUUUAACAUUUUGCUUAGUGCAAAUGCUUUCUCUGCUUCUGGAUGGAUGAGUGCUCAUGCUACUUUUUAUGGUGGAUCUGAUGCUUCUGGCACUAUGGGGGGUGCUUGUGGUUAUGGGAACUUGUACUCAACAGGGUAUGGUACAAACACAGCUGCAUUAAGUACUGCAUUGUUCAAUGAUGGAGCAUCAUGUGGUCAAUGUUACAAAAUUAUGUGUGAUUAUAAUCAAGAUUCAAAAUGGUGCAUAAAGGGAACAUCAAUUACAAUUACAGCCACAAAUUUUUGUCCACCAAAUUAUGCACUUCCUAGUAACAAUGGUGGAUGGUGUAAUCCUCCAAGGCCACAUUUUGACAUGGCUCAACCUGCUUGGGAACACAUUGGUAUUUAUAGAGGUGGCAUUGUACCUGUCCUCUACCAAAGGAUUCCUUGUGAGAAAAAAGGUGGAGUUAGAUUUACCAUAAAUGGAAGGGAGUAUUUUGAGCUAUUAAUGAUAAGCAAUGUAGGAGGGGCUGGAUCUGUUCAAUCAGUACAAAUUAAAGGUUCAAGAACUAAUUGGAUGGCAAUGUCUAGAAAUUGGGGGGCCAAUUGGCAAUCCAAUGCGCGUCUCGAUGGACAAUCUUUGUCAUUUAAGGUCACAACAUCAGAUGGUGUCACCAAAACAUUCUUAAAUGUUGCUUCAUCCAAUUGGCAAUUUGGGCAAACAUAUUCAAGCUCUAUGAACUUCUAGAAAGUCGAGAAGUUCAAGAUUUGAAGUUUCUGAGUUCAUAUCAUAUAUACGUGUGAUAGGCAGCAGCGGCAUGCUCACUGUUUUACUGAAAGCAGCCCGCCCCUCCCCGUCUUUUUAUUCUUGAUAUUCAAAAUGUACUAGCUCGAUUGUUGGUGAAAUUUAUGAAUUACCCUAGUCAUUAUUGUGUGUAUGUAGAGUAGUGUGAAAUUUCCAUUUUUAUUUUCGAUAUAUCAAAGGAUUAUAAUAAGGCACUUUUUGUCUUUCAUGCAAAAGUUGUAAGUGCAUCAAUUUAAA